UCCCCCAUAAAUGUGUUUCCAGCUUCCCAAGUUCACAGCACAGAGAGAGAGUAAGAAGCAGAGCAAAGGAGAGAAGCAAGAGAAAGAAGAAGCUAUGGUUCUCAAAGUUGCAGCUCUUUGCGGUUCUCUCAGGAAGGGUUCUUACCAUCUUGGACUUGUCAGAGCUGCACAACAAAUAUGCCAGGAUUCUAUCAAGGGAAUGGAAAUUGAUCUUGUAGAGAUUUCACAACUCCCUUUCAUCAAUACUGAUCUUGAGACCAAUGGGACUUACCCUCCGGUGGUUGACGCUUUCCGUCAGAAGAUUCUCGCUGCCGAUAGCAUUCUCUUUGCCUCACCGGAAUACAACUACUCGAUUACUCCUGCUUUGAAGAAUGCAGUCGACUGGGGAUCUAGACCUGCCAAUGUUUGGGCUGGUAAGCCAGCUGCCAUUAUAAGCACAGGAGGGGGUUUCGGUGGUGGAAGAUCACAUUACCAUUUACGCCAAGUUGGUGUUUAUGUUGAUCUACACUUCAUUAACAAGCCAGAAUUUUUCGUGCCUGCAUUUAACCCUCCACCAAAGUUUGACAGUGAAGGAAACUUAAUUGACUCAAUGAGCAAGGAGAUCCUACAGCAGAUGCUUGUAUCAUUGGAGGCAUUUACUUUGAAGCUUAGUGGUAAGGCUCAGUAAAUCUUUGCAACUCCGAAUCUCACUGAGUACUGAUACAGCUUGCGUCCUUUCCUCAGUGGCACCAUAGGAAAUCACAAAUGUUUGUUUUUUAGAAAUAUCUGUUUGACAGCGGCUGAUUCCAAACUGCCGUGGAAUGUUUUGGGUUGAAAUAAAGUAAUCUAAGUUACUCUUUUUUAAGAUUGGAGAUUUAAUUUAUGCUUGGAUUUUGCCCAGUAGAAUGCUGUCCUCAAUUUAUUCUCAGCAUACUUUUGCUAGAUCAUGUGGUAAUGUAAGUCUUCUAGUUU